AGAAUCUGUCGCUAGAAGGCAGGCACAGAAACAGACAGGUCAGAAUCUGAUUUGUUGUCGCUGUGUAAGAUAUGUAUAGGGGGGUUAGUAUGGUAGCCUUGUUUAUAUAGAGCCUGUAGCCUCUGGCUGAAUUAUAUCCGACAGGCGGAACAAGCUGGUCUUAUAUGAGGAGCUGGUUUCAACUUAGUCUUUGUGUCAGGGCUUGUUUUGCAUGACAUUUCAAUUAUUGGCUUGUUAUUCUGCCUGUCAAAAGGUUAUCUGAACACAAAAUAGAGGCAGAAACUUCUGAAAUGCACCAUAUUUUCUUUGAGCAGUGUUUCUUUAGGUUUAUAAUUCAUGUGUAAAUAAAUACACAUGCUCAGAUUGGCCUCAAAGUAAAUAGAUACUGCUGAGUUUAUAGAGCUAAUUUAUAGUAGUACUUCCCAGACAGUGGGGUCCAAAGAAAUAAUAAACACAAACCAGAGUCCAGUGCUGCCUUAAAUGACUUAGUAAAUAUGGUAAAAUUGACACUCUGACUGAGGACAUUUUGUUCAAGUAAUAAAUACUGUGACAGAAAUGAAAAACGUUAAAUUUACCAACAUUAAAAUAGCCACUCACAGUCAACAGUCAGAAUACCUGAAAAAAAAAACGAUUUUUAUAAGCCAAAAGUCAACCAAACGUACUAAAAAAACUAAAUCCUGUACUUUCCAACUUAAUGAUUGAGCCUGAACGCCACAUCAUCAUCUUAAGCUAUAGGCCGACACGCGCAUGCGCAGUGUCAGUGUUUGCAUUCCGCCUCCCUCCGGAGACUGACAGCCCCGUUAGCUGCUCCUCCUCACCGGCAAUGAUACAGCAAACACGGACUCGAUCAGACACACCGACAUGGACUUAGCGAGCACUUUUUACCACUACAAAGACGGAUAUUAUUUAGACGCCGUUGUGUAUCGAUCGUAGACGGAGUUAAUUAUCUGUGAUCAGGUUUUUGUUUCGGAGGAGGAGGAGGAGGAGGAAGGAAGACUCGACGUCCGGGGAGAGGAGUGGAUGAGACGGCUGGUUUCCUGCGACAUACACCGGCCAGCUAAGGACGCGUCCACACUUACACUCACACGUAAAGACCACCCGAGUGCACCUUAUUUUAGGAGGUAUUUGUGCUGCUGUGUCGCGAAUAUCCGCAAAAAAAAUAGUCGCGGUUUGUUGUUGAAAGACGUGACGCGAAGCUAACGCCGCUUUAAGCUAACCAGCGGCUAGCUCAAUUUCGCAUUGUUUAUUUUAUUUCCUUUAACUGAAGACGGUGUUUGUAUCCGUCUGAAGUUGGAUUAAUACGCGUGUUGAGAAGAGGGGAAGCUAGUGUUUCAGUCUGACUCCAGCCCGGAGCGUUGAACUUGAUUUUUAAAGGACAUAAAUCUUCUGACUUCUCACUUUAUGGCUCGUUAGUACCGCAGCUAGCAUCUGUGUGAGCCAGUAGGUUGCUCAAAACAGCCGCCAGCCGCUUCUGAGCUUUUAAAUAGCUGCUUGGCUGUAAAGAGAAAAAAAAAAAAAAAAAGAUGCACCAGCAGGAGUUUUCUGGAGAGCCGUCUGGGGCGGGGAGCAGGAAAACUGCGUACCACUACAGGAGGGGCAGCAGCGGUGCGUCGGCCUCGUCCACGGCCGGCGGCAGCGGGGCAAACACGGGGGACGACAAUCCAACCCAGGCUGGAUCUUCUUCUCCCGCCCUGCACCACCAGCCCCAGUCCCAAGCUGCUGGCGCUCAGGUGAAGAAGAAGAGCGGCUUCCAGAUAACAAGUGUGACCUCCGCUCAGAUUAAUGUGAGUGGCAACAACAGUUUGGCAGAUGACACUGAGAGCUACGAUGAUAUGGAUGAGUCGCACACAGAAGACCUCUCCUCCUCCGAUAUGCUGGAUGUGUCCGUGUCCAGAGCCACGGAUACAGGUGUGCCGGAGAGGAGCUCUUCUGAUGAGACGUUGAACAGUCUCCAUGGGGUUGACACACCUGGACUUGUGUCACCCAAUGAGCCUCUUAACCCCCAUCCCAUACCUCAGGGGUCUCAGCAGCUCACCUCUAUGGUAAAUGGGACCAUGCAGCAUCAUUUCUAUCCUCAGCAACACAGCCAGACGCACCAUCAUCACUCUGAUAGCUUGGGAGGAGCUGAACCCUCAUUGGCAGCUCUUCCCAUCGCUCCCAAGGCUAGUUCCAGCCCGGCCAUGGCUUCCAAAGCGGGGCCUGGCCAAUCCCAGAGGCCGCCGGUGUUGGACAACACUAAACCUGCAGGUGGGACAACUCAACCAGUAGCCCCUAUUGUUGCCACUGAUCCACAUCUUCAGGGCAGUGUGAACCUUUCUAAUGUGUCUACCGUCACUGCUGCUGCUAUGGUUCCUCCUCCGGGGCCUGCAGGUUUUGACAACACUAGCAUGAGUGGGCAGGUAGCCCCUGUUGGAGUAGGAGCAGGUCCGUCUGCUGCUGCCUCCAACACUCAAACCCAGCCCACCCAAACUCAGACAGCUACUGGCUCUCGUUUCAGGGUGGUCAAAUUAGACACCAACUCUGAGCCGUUCCGCAAAGGACGGUGGACUUGUACAGAGUAUUAUGAAAAGGAGAUUCCUCAACCAGCUGCAGCUGAGGCACCAAAAGGUCCAGAGGUGACUGCAGAGACUGAGGCAGGUACCACUGGGGUUAGUCAGGGCGUACCUGCUGUACAGCCACCGCCGCCGAGCCAGGACUUCACCCUUCCACAAGCCAUGCAGAGCCCACCACAGGGACUGGGCCAGACCACUCCCCUGACCUAUGUUUCACCCCAGGAGGUUGUUGGUGGGGCUCACAUGCAGAAACCAGGGGCUCCUCUCACUCUCCCUACAGCAACACCACAGGCUGGUGUAAGUCAGCCUCCCUCUGUAAUACCCCAGCAGUUGCCCUAUGCGUUCGAUCCCCACCAGGCUCAACCUCAGGGAGGUUACCCUGCACCUCAGGUCCAUGCAGGGGUUAUGGCCCCGGGGAGUGUUCGACAGCCAGACUUCAUCCAGCCCACUGCUCCCUUCCAGACCCAAGUCCAGCCUCCACCGCCACAUGUCACAACAGGAAUGUCCAUAACACCAGCUCCAGGUGUUACGGCACAGCAGCCAGUCAGCAUAACUCAACAGCUGCCCCAUCAAGGUCAAGUCGCCCCACCUGCCCAGGCAACUUUUACAGGACAGCCGCAGGCCCUCCCAGCUCAACCCCAACUUCAGCCACAGCCCCCCUCCACUGCCACAGUCCCACUAACACACCCCCAUGGGACCUACAUGCCUCUGACCGCUGUACUCCAACCCCUCCUCACCCCGGGUGCAACCUUCACCCAGGUUCCUGGAGGAGGGAGCUCCAUAAAAACCUCCCAGCUGGAGGACGCCCAGAAGCUUCUGCUCCAGCAUCAAGGCCUGUUGAGUCUGCCCAGGCUGGGGGCAGCAGUCGGUGGAGAGGGCGCUGCGGACGCCAGCGGGGCUGCUCGAACCCUGGCCCACAUGGGGAUGUCAGCUGAGGCCAGCGCCUUCAUGGCUGCUGCUGCAGGCCUCCGGACUCAUCAUGCUGAAGGAGAGGAGGACAGCUCCUCCGGUGCCAGUGUGGUGGCCAUUGACAACAAGAUUGAACAAGCGAUGGACCUGGUGAAGAGCCACCUGAUGUACGCCGUCCGCGAGGAGGUGGAGGUGCUGAAGGAGCAGAUCAAAGAGCUGAUCGAGCGCAACACUCAGCUGGAGCAGGAGAACAACCUGCUCAAGAACCUGGCCAGCCCCGAGCAGAUGGCUCAGUUCCAGGCGCAGGUGCAGACCGGCAGCUCCCCGACCGGCGCCGGCCAGCCUCUGGUCCCGGCCGGAACCACACAAGUCCUCCCUUCCACACAGAGCUCCGGCACGUCUGCGUAACACAGAAGCUGCACAUGGAAGACCCCCACCACCUGAGGAUAAGAGAUAGGAGGGGUGAUGGAAGGAGGAGGAGGAGGAGGAGGAGGAGGAGGAAGGAGUCUUGCCAUACUGUGAACUGACUCUAUGCCACCGUCUCGAGGAGUGCCCACCUCAGCUCAACCGGAGGACGAAAAACAACUUUCUUUUGUUGCACAUUUAAUUUAACUGAAAGACGUUGGAGUUGCACCGGCGCGUGUGUGUGUGUGUGUGUCCCCGCUUUAUCUCCCAACUUUUACUACCUGCUUCAGACAAUCGUUGUUGUCGUGGUGGUGGUGGUCGUCGUCGUGGUGAUGAUAAUGAGUAUGAGGGGGAAAGACAGAGCUGACAGGAAGUGCCGGCCGACCCUUGCAACCGGCGCCGUUGUUCAGGGAGGGAGGAGCUUAACGCCGGGCCCGACCAAUCAAGGGGAGCACGCUCUUUGUCAGUGCCGUCGAAUCCCUCGCAGUGUGUGUGACCGGUGGAAAGUGUGCCAUCGUCUUAGCCCCGCCCCCAACCUCAACCCAGCAUUGUCCCGUCUGCGUCACACUUUAAAUCCUUUUUUUUUUUUUUUUUACUCUGCAUCUUGUUUUAUGUUGUUUUUUUUUAGCGCUGCGGUCCGAUAUUGACAAUGGACGAACUGUGAGAAUCGACACAGCCCAUCUGGAAUGGGAGUCCAGCUCACCUUUUUUUUUCUCUCCCAGCAUCUGAAGACGGAGAGAUGUUCUGGGUUGAGGGGCGGGGUUAUAAAGAAUUAUGAAAUAUAUAUAAGCUGCGUCUCAUUGUUCACUUUGAGAACUCUGUGUUCUUCUUGAGGCUUCGCGUCGCCGUCCCCACCCUGAGCGCACUCUCUCCCCCCCUCUUGGAUGGAUCAUUAGACAUUUAUUGCAGGGAAUCAACGUUUGUUGUUUUUGGUUUUUUAAGGGAGGGUUUAGGAUUUGUCUGUUUUUUUUUUUUUUUUUUGCUCUUGUUGAUGUAAUUAAUGUCCUAGUGAUCUGUAAAAAUAAAUAACGGAGAGGCAAAUAAAUAGGACAUGACUGUUUCUAGGUAGUGAACUUUGUACAGAUUAAACAUUUCCAAUUAAACUCUGCCAAGUGCCUGGUUUCUAACCAUAGAUACAUAUAUAAAAGCUUUUUUUUAGUCGUGUUAUUGAAUAUGUGUACAUAUAUACAUAUAAAAAGAUAUAUAAAUAUAUAUAUAUCUAUGGUUUUGCCAGGUUUUACUACCUGUGAUGUCAUUACUCAGGGUGGGAACAGAAGAGGAUUAUUUACCUCCACACUAAGAUGCUGUCUCUCCUGCAGUGACACACGGCUUCGUACUGUACGUGAACUCUCCUCUGCCGUCGCUUAACUCACUCGCUCAAGUUAUCUGGACUGGUUUUUACCGUUUUGGGGAUGUGAAGUUGUUUUUUUUCUUACAUGAAUGGCGAUAAUGUAAUUUUUUGUUUUUUCUUCUUUUCUUUGUCUUUUUGUACAGCCAAGUGUUUUGAGUUGCUCGUAGUGCAACUGGAGCGCAGAACACAAUAAUGAGACACUCAGCAAAACAAAAAACAAAAAAAAAAAAAAGAAAGGAAAAUGCCUAGCACAAGUAUGUCGAUGUUUUGUGCAUGUUCCUCAGCCCAUCACAAAUGUGACGUUACAAUUGCACUAGACAGUUGCACCUCAAAUAAAAAUGAAAACAAAAAAGCAAA